CCAGGCUGAGAAAGGUAAGAAAAGGUAAAAAAGGUAAAUGGUUAUAAGAAGGACAAAGAAAACUGGUUACUGGUUACUGUAUACCUGCGCAAAGUAAGAAUGCUGUAAGCUGGUCCCUAACUUUUAUUAGCACCUAGUCUCGCCUUGCCUGUUCUCUCUUUCUUCUCCAUCUUAGCAUCUUACUCCAUCUUUAUUAAUGUUUCUUUUGUGUUUUAGUCGUUUUUUUAAAACAAUUUUUGUAUUUUUAUAACCCAAAAGUGCCUUUUUAUUUAACAUGAUCCAUGAGACUGUUAGUGAAAUAUCUGAAUGUGAUCUGGAUUACACAAUGAGGACCAUUAGAAGACAUUCUAAAUACAAAUUAGUGACAGUGCCUACAUGUCCACCUUUACUUCCAUCAUCAUCUUAUAUAGGAUCUUCCAAAUUACUGCCAUCAUAUUUUAAUAAAUUAUCAACUUUAACCACAAUAACCUCCAAGGUAUCACUUAAAUUGAUAAAACCAUGUUUAACUUUUCAUACUUUUUUGUGCCUUUUAUUGGUCAACUAUUAUAUACAACCAAUCCUAUGUCAAUCUGACCGUGAGACAACAAGUUCUCCAUCUGACUCUCGUUCAAUUAUACGAACUCAAAUAAAUUAUCCUCCUCAAGACGUUAAAGUGAUUUUAAGCAAUACUGCCGAAAUUCAAUGUGGUGUAAGACAUGAAUCUACAAUACCAUUCACCCUUAAAUGGUAUUUCAAUGAUAAAGAAAUCUCAAGUAAACCUGCAAGUCGUGUCCAAAUAUUAAAUGAUGGAACCUUACGAGUCGAGCAAGCCAGAAAUACUGAUGUGGGCAUUUAUACCUGUAGUGUUACAUCAAUCGCAGGUAAUGACUCACGGUCUGCUCGAUUAGAUUUGGUUGAACUCCCUCAUCCACCUACUGAUGUCAAAUCUGAACUCAAUAUUCAAGGUGGAUUUGUUAAUGUUACAUGGACACCAAGUUUCAACGGAAACUCACCAAUCACAAAGUAUAUUGUCUACAGCCGGGUUAAAUUGAAUACAGACAGUGGCUCAGAAACUGAAUCUUGGGAUGAUUUUUCUUAUCAAAGUUCAAAUAUCCAAGGUUGGCGAGUUGCUCAGGCAAACAUUUCUGCAAGUCAAAAUUUUAUCCUCAUCCAUAAUUUAAGGCCUGCAAUGACUUAUCGUUUUCGGGUGAGCGCAGUAAACUCUGUUGGUGAGGGUCAACCAAGUAGUCCCUCAACUCCUCCAGUUACUCUCCCUGCCCAACCACCCAGUGAAGCUCCUAUCGGUGUGGUUGGAGCUGCUCGCUCAUCUACAGCCAUAAUGAUUCAAUGGCAGCCUCCGUCAGGUGAAGCUCACAAUGGUCAUCUUCUGGGUUACAUAAUAAGAUACAAAUUGGCAAGGUAUGCUGAAACACCUUGGUACCAUAGAAAUGUUACCAAUCCAGCUCAACUCUCUUUCCAUUUGGAUGAUUUAAUUGUUUGGCAAAACUAUGAGAUUCAAGUUGCUGCUUACAAUGAGAUGGGUGUUGGUGCUUUUAGUGACUCCAUUUGUAUCCGAACUAAAGAGGAUAGACCAGCCGCUGCUCCUAGUCAAGUUACUGCUCGAGCAUUAAGUUCUAGGGUUAUUCAAGUUUCCUGGUUUCCUCCGGACCCCCAAUUGAUCAAUGGAAUCAACCAAGGAUAUAAAUUAGCAGCGCGUUUAAAGAAUGGAACACUUUUCAAAGAAAUGCAUGCUGAUCCACAACAUUUCACUGAUCGUCCUCUGUCAAGUAAUAUUACUGAUUUACAGCCCUUCACCGAGUAUCUGAUAACAGUUCAUUGUUAUACUAAUGCUGGUGAUGGACCAGCAAAUGAUCCACCUAUCAAUGUUGUUACUGAACAAGAUUUGCCUGGUGAAGUUGAAAGCUUCCGGUAUUGGGAUUUAUGGGACAAGACUGUUGAUCUUGGCUGGACCCCUCCAGUUCAAAGUAACGGUGAAUUGAUAGGCUAUACGUUAAAACAUUAUAUUGCUGAUGCACCUCGUGAUCAAUGGACUGUGUCCAAUUAUACAGCUAAUACAAAUGAAACAAGGAUAGGCAAUUUAAAGCCUACCACUUUUUACCGGUUUGAGAUAAACGCUUGGACUAGAGUUGGACCUGGUCCAGUUAAAUCAUUAACAAUUAAAACUAGUAUUCCUCCUGUUCUUCCACACCCGCCAAGUCGACUUGCCAUCUCGAAUAUUGGACCGUUUUCAGUUGUUCUUCAAUUUACUCCUGGUUUUAAUGGCAAUGCUUCAAUUAGCAAAUGGAUUGUCGAAGGUCAAUUCUUCAAGUUGAGGAAUGCCAAUUGGACUCCUAUUUACGAAUCUGUCAACAACAGUCAACCAAAUGCGAUCAUUGUUAAAAAUCUUCGACCUUAUACUGAAUACCGUUUAAGAUUGAUACCCUUUAAUAUUGUUGGCCGAAGUAUUGAAGCUUCUGAGCCUUCACCUUCUUUUCAAACUCUUCAAGCACCGCCCGCUCAUCCUCCUCUCAAUGUUACAUUGCGUUCACUCAACGCAACCAGUUUAAGAGUGAGAUGGACUCCUUUACCACCAGAGUCUUGGUAUGGACAACCUAGAGGUUACAAUAUUACAUGGUUUGAAACUACUGAGGAAAAUGAGUUGGAAAUGGCUGCUGACCGGAAAUUUCACGUAUCCGGUGACUAUCAUUCACAUUCUUACACAAUUACUGGAUUAGAAGAGUUUACUAAUUAUGCGGUUCAAGUUUUUGCCAUUAAUGAUGUUGGCACAAGUAAUGGCAGUCGAUUAGUAGCUACACGUACAUCUGAAGCCACACCUACAACAGGUCCUAGUAAUGUAAAAGUAACAGCUACAUCGUCAACAACCAUACUUGUUGAAUGGUUAGACAUCCCUAAAAAGCAUCGCAAUGGAGUCAUCCAAGGUUUCAAGAUUAAAUAUCGAGCUCAACGUCAAGAUGAAGUUUCAGAGUUUAAAAAGAUUGAACGAAAUGAAUCUCGCACAGCAACUCUCACUGAACUCAAAAAAUAUACUCUUUAUUCCGUCUCUGUUUGUGCCUUUACACACCUUGGUGAUGGUGUUUAUAGUCCAAGUUUCUCAGUCCAAACAUUACAAGAUGUUCCUGGAGCUCCUUCAAAUAUAUCGUUUCCCGAUGUAACUCUUAAUACAGCUAGAAUUUUAUGGGAUAUUCCUGAAGAACCCAAUGGAGAAAUAUUAGCAUAUAAAGUAACUUACAAUUUAAAUGUCAGUGACACUUUUUCAGACCGUUCCCAUGAACUAGCUUCAACUGAUCGAACUUAUAAAGUGACUGGACUUCAACCCAAUACCUAUUAUUUGUUUAGCGUUACAGCUCGUACAAAAGAGGGUUGGGGUCAACCAGCCAAUGCUUAUGUUUAUACAACUAAUAAUCGAGAGCUUCCUUCAAAUCCGUCCAUGCCACACAUAAAAUCGUCCCAAAUAAGUUCAAGACAAGUCACUUUCACUUGGAAACCUGGUUACGAUGGUUUAGCUCCUCUUCGCUAUUAUACUGUUCAGGUUUCUUCUUCAGGUGGACCAUGGAUCACAGUUUCUCAAAGAAUUGACCCUUCAUUAACAAUAUACACUGUUACUGGUUUAAAACCAUUCACUCCUUACCAGUUUCGUAUUCGUGCUAGUAAUGAUAUUGGAAAUUCUAAUUGGAGCCCUGAAAGUCCUUCUAUUUUAACAUUACCAGCUCCUCCAGAUUUUUCCGUGACCGGUGUUACGGUUUCCCCUUAUAGCCCAACUGCUGUUUCUGUUAAAUGGACACCAAUUAAAGAAUGGAAUGGCGAUGAGAAAGGCGCUGGUUACAAAGUUCAAUAUUGUUUAGUGUCUUCCGUUGUUUCAGCUGUACAUUGUCCAUCCACUCUUGUUCAAGGUCCAGCAGUCACGGGCGUUUCUAUUGAUAAUCUUGAAAGAGAUCAUCAAUAUGAAAUCAAAGUUAUUCCUUUUAACAGUCAAGGUGAAGGUCCAAGCAGUAAAACCAAGAUAGUUUAUGUUGGUGAUGCAGUUCCUAGUGGACCUCCCCUAGAUGUUAAAGCAAUUUCACUAUCUUCGACUGAAGUUAAUGUUACUUGGUCACCUCCUGAAAAUGACAAGCAAAAUGGACAAAUUUUGGGAUAUAAAAUAUUUUAUUGGCAGUCCAAGUUAAAACCCAAUACUACUCUUACUGAUGAAGACUCUGAAGAUAAACGUGAAAGCAUGGAAAUUGUACCCAACACCUAUUUAGAGCUUUCAGAUUUGGAAAUGUUUACCAACUAUCAUAUCCAAGUGUCUGCUUUCAAUCCUGCUGGUGAUGGACCCAGAUCAAUUGCUGUCUUUGUUCAAACUAAAGAAGAUCUUCCCGAUAUUGUUGGACCUUUAGCGUUCACUGAUAUUACAAUGAGUAGUCUUCGCAUUCAUUGGGAUCCUCCAACCAAAUCAAAUGGUAUCCUAACUGGUUAUUAUGUUGUCUACGAGACAAAUCAAGAUGAUUUCAGUAAACAGGUGAAACAGACCGUAUCCGAAAAUCAUUUACUAGUUAAGGGUCUUAAAGAAAUGAUGACUUACAAUUUCAAGGUAAGAGCUAAAACCUCUGUUGGAAUGGGACCAGAAAGAAGUGGUAAUGUGACAACCGGUCCUCAACAAGGAUCUCCGCCUCCAGUCACUCAUUUCAACUUUUAUCAAACCACAAAUGCUGUUCGUUUAAUCUGGAAAAAUCCUGAAUAUGGAGGCAUUAUUGGCUAUCUUAUUGAAGGGCAACGUGUUUCUGCGGAUGCUCGUGAAUGGUAUCCAAUACAAGAACUGCGAACUGGACUUAUAGAUAGUUAUGAUCUCAGUUUUGCCAAUCUCAAAGCAUCCUCACAAUAUACAUUCCGUAUCAUGACAAUCAAUAAAUUUGGUAUUAGUAUACCAGCUUUACCACCAUCAGCAAACAAUGCUGGUGUCUUCUCGAAUCUCGUUAUUACCACUCCAUCACAGCUUGAACUUUCCGCUAAGUUGCCAUUCUAUUUUGAGAACUGGUUCAUUACUUCGGCAGCAUCAAUUUUAGCUCUGAUUCUUGUCGUCUUUUUCGCCACAAUUUGUGUUUGCAACACUGUAUAUAAGUACAAGCAAGAAGCCAAGAAAAGAGGAUCUCAUGAUGCACUCAGUGAAAAUGAAUUUGGACUCGUUGAUAACCUUCACAACCCUUAUGCCUCUGGUUUUGAAUUGCGUCAAAACACUAUACGUUCACAAACCUCUCGUCGAAGCACUAAUGCUCUUAACUCAAUCAACAUGGCAGCCGCAAAAUGUCCACCUCGUCCUUCACCCGGUUCUAUAACUUAUUCGGACGAGGAGGUUGACGAGGACACCAAAGAUGCUAACUUAUAUUGCUCUAGUGGUGACAGUGUAACUGAAAAACCAAGUGAAUUAAGCAGCAGUGGUCCUGAAUCAGAUUCUGAGCAUGAUGAUAUUUACCAUUUUGUUAAUCAUUAUGCCAAUGUAAAUGAUACUUUAAACAAAAAUCAGCCCUCAUGGAAAAGAGGUGCUGCAUCCUAUGUUGUACAAACUUCAGCUUCUUCAAGUGGCAGUGGUAGUGGAUCAGCCAUCCCUAGAAGACCACCACCGCCUGCUCCUGGACCAGCACCGCCAAGUUAUAAUGCAGCCAUUACAUCAGAAGAUAGUGAAUUAGAUUGUCCCAGUGUCAACUUAAACGGUGGACGAAUCAUCAUCAAUAAUAUGGCUGGAAGCCGCGCUCCUCUGCCAGGAUUCUCAUCUUUUGUGUGAUUUCACUUUUUGUAACAUUUGUCUUAAGUUGAAAAACAUUAAGCUUGUAAUUUACUCUAAUUUAUUUUGUAGAUAUUUUUUACUGCCUCACUCAACGCAACGAUACUGCACCACAUCAGUUCUCUUUAGAUGUUUUAUAUUUCAUCUUUACCAAUUUUUUAUCCUUUUUUAUUCACUUCAACUACCUUUAUGGUAAAUGUUUUUUUUGUAAAUAACAAACUCUUUGUACAAUAUUUUUAAUCAUAAUUUAAAAUUUCAUUAAAUUAUCACUUCAAUGACAA